GCUGACAUUUGUAGAUUGCUGAACGAAGACGAAUAAGAUAAGACUGUACAAGCGCAAUGGAGGGUUGGUCGUGUACGCCAGAUGUUUCUUAUUUCUCGAACGGCCACUACGAAGAUCGAUGAGGUGAAUUGCCCGAGUGCUGCGACGUGGGAGACGAAUACGGAAAAAAGCGACAACCGCCCAUGCUCUACAGUUAAACAUCGUCAUCAUCGUCGUGCACCGCCUUCUAUUACGCAGAAUUCUUCCGUGUUAUGCAUAUGUAAUUUGGCCCGUAGCGGUGGACCCCGCAUUGGGCAUGUAUGGGACAAGUACUAGGCCUUUCCGAUGGCUCCAGUGCUGCUGCAGUGUGGCAUCCCCUCAUGCGAGACAACAAACAAUGCGAGCAAAUUUGUCCGUGCAUUGUAAAAGGAGCUAUUUAAAAAUAGUACGCCAAUAUUCUUCUUCACCAUCUUCUCUUUCCCUUUCUCCUCCUCCUCUGUUAUUCUUUUUUUUUCUCUCGGAACGGCUCUCACGGUGCACCGCAGCAUGUCUCGUAUCUGGUUUUUCUCCAAUAUAUACACUUUUGUUUGGCCUUUAUUGGUGAGCUGAGGUGUUGGAUGCUACGUUUCACGGUCCAGAGUGGACGGUGAGAUUUCCCCCCUUCUCCUUCUCUAAGUGUGUAUUUUUCUUCCUGCCUUUUCCGUUGCUUUCCAAGUGAGCCUGUGGCGUGGUACGCCCUCCGUUUCUCGCGUCGCUUGUGCAUUUCUAGCUUUCCCCCCUCCUCCCCUCUCCCUCUCUCUUUGUAGUUUUUUUUUUUUCACUAGUAGAAUCUCUGCUGUUUUCGUGGUGAGCGUGUGUGCGGAGCGGGAGCGGAGGUACUCGUGACGACGGGGCGCAUUGAUGGCUAUUAUUAUUAUUAUUGUUUUUAUUUGGUAUUCCUUUGUUUCUUUGUCGAAAGAGAGGAACUGAUCGCUGAUAUCACAACCAUUCGAAAAGGACGAAAGGCGACCACCGGAUCCAUAGGAGAAUGGAGGACCGGGAGAGUGUGGUAGACAACGCACCCACGCACACCGUGGCCGAGGACGCCGGCGCCGGCACGAGAUCCACCCGUCGGGUGACGGACACGGCAGAUACCACCGCUGCUGCGCAGACACUGUCCCUGCAGACCUCGCAGUUUACGGCGACGGCGGUCCUCCAACGGCGUCCGUCGCCAGAACACGACAGAGCCGCUUUCCACCCACUUUCACACCCCUCCUUCGCCGCACCGACGACGACGAUCGCCCGGCCCCCGCCGACGCGCGCGAAGUCCGGUGCGGGCACGAGCGGGGGCGGUUGUACCUCCACCAUGGACCCCACCACAAGGACACGAUCCGUGACAGGCGUCGACGCAGGCCGCAAUGAUGGCGGCGAUGUCGAUGCUAAUCGAAGUGGCAGCCCUUAUUCUCGGCAGCGCAGAAGGGUGCAUAGCAGCCGAAGCAGAUUCACGCCAGGGGAGGAGGACGAGGACGCGGGUCGCUGGCAGGAGUUACCGCCGGCAACGACGUGUACCCGACGGUCUUCCGCCGGGUGGUCGAGCCGCAACGUCCCUAACGCGAGCACCAGCACCAUACUCGUCUCUCAUUUGGAUAACGCGGAGCCGGCAACCGUCGUGGCACGCGCAGAUGUGAAUACUGGCGCUGACGCCGCCGCCAUCACGACGACAGCAGCAUCCACGGCAUCAGUGAGGCAACUCGAUUCUACCCCUCUCACUGUUGUCCGUACACAGUUCAGUCCAUCACCUCCGCUUCUUCUACCGAUAACACCCGCAGUCGCGCCGCACGUCCAUCUUUCAACGUCCCUUUCGCUCCCUACUGCCACCAACCCGUCCACCGUCGUGACUCGGCUGACCGCGGCACCUCUCGAGAGCGGGGCACCCCGACAGCAGCAGCGGCAGCAGCAGCAACCAUCACCUCAGCGAUCUCGUCUGCCACGUUUUCAGCCUGCGCGGCAUCGGCACAACUCCACCCCGCGCGGUCCUGCGCGCUUGUCUUCGCCGCCGUCCGCGCAGCACCCCAACACCGCAGCCGUGACCAACUGGAAAGCGCUCUCGAAUCAGCUCUAUCGUCUUCUGCGGCUGUGCUUCCUGCGUCGCUGGACGUGGCAUAUGUGGAGCACCUGCGUGCGGGCGUACGGCGGUCGUCGCGUCACGCGCAGCGGUGGCGAGUACGACGAUGAGGACGGGUACGAUAGAAGCCGAGGCCGAGGGCGCGAUGGAGGAGAGGACGCUGGUCUGGUCGAUGGGGGCUACGACGAUGACGAUGACGAUGACGAUGACGACGUGUAUGACGCUGCAGACGAGUACCUGGAGCCGAGCACGUUGUCCUCCGGCGAGCACACGACGGAUGUGCUGCAUCGCCACUUCUACGGCGGUGUCGAGGAGGAGACAAGAAGAGGAGGAGGCAGAGGCGGUCGGGGCGGCGACGACGAUGAUAGGGGAUUUCCAUCGUUGGAGGGUGCGGCGCGUGGAGCUGCAGCAGCGGCGGCAGCAUCGUCAUCAUCGUUGCAGCAGCAGCAGCAGCUGCCGCGCACGGCGGCGAUGGGCGAGACACGGCGACGCGGCCGCGGGUGGUCGUCGGUGUCGCCGUCGGGCCGCCGUGACCGCCGCGAUCGCCGUCGUGGUGGCAGAGCCGCAGACCACCACACCAGCAACUCGGCCUUCCUGCGUACGAAGGACUUUUCUUUGGUGGAGGGGUGUCGGCUCUGUCUGACCUUCUGCUGCUGCUGCUGCUGCCAUUGCUGCCGUGGAUGGCCCUGCCACUGCGGCAACGCCUGGAUCGUGCGCCUCCUCCAUGCGCUACGUAUUCUCUGGGCGCGCCAUCGCGCCGUGGCGUGGUGCCUACUGGCUGUUCUUGCAGUGCUGCACUGCUUCGUGGUGCUGCCCCUCGUGGCGUCUGGCGCUGCGGCGCUGAUGGAGAACGAGGACCUCUUCGUGCAGCGCAUGCUCUUUUUUGGCUUGCCGCGCGAGGUGGACGCCCUGACGACUCCGCGCGCGGUGUUGGUGCAGCUGGUCUUCCCUACCAUACUGGACGAGAUGGAGGGCAACCCAAACGUCGUACGUACCGCUGUUGCGGAUGCUGAGACUGCUGGUGCGUUGCGUGCGCACGCGGCGGGUGUGGCGCGGCAGGCACUUCACCUCACCUUUGCGCAGCGAUUCCUGCCCGCUGCGGUGCCGUGGCUCGGCAGCCCCACACUGCAGCCGUCGCAGCUGCCUUCCUGGACGCUCUUCUCGAUUGAGAAGGACUGUCAAGAGUGUAUUGAGGUGGACGGAUACGCAGCCGCCGUGGCUGGCGCGGAUGCGGUACCGCCACGAUCCAUUUUCACCUCUACGAAGAAGGAAAAAGACAAAGGAGCGGCAGCAGGAGUGCCAACACGAACGCAACGCCAGCCGCUGCCACCGCCAUCCUCGUCGAUCCUUCAGCAAGGCGUCUUCGCCACUUCCAGCGCCCCGCUCGGCCGCAUUGGCCCGAUGCUCUUGGCGAUCGCCAGCGUGACGGAUGACGUGGCGGUGGUGGAGGAGCUGCGGAAGUGGCCGUGGAUCCCGCAUGUCGCGCGGCGCGGCGAGCUACUCCGUGGUGCCCAGCGCGGCGCGCCUCCUGCUCACCUGGCGGUCCUCGGCAUUCCCUCAACGGACCACCCGGCCCGCGCUGCCCUGCGCGACGGUCAGCGGACAACGUGGCUGUCCUACUCGGACGUCGCACGCGCCGAGAACGGCUUUACAGGGAAGUUGUUGGCGCUAUUCAUUUUUUCCGCGUCGGAGCCGCCGCACGUGCGGGCCGACCCGCGUGGCACCACGACGGAGAAGACAGCCGCAGCGCCGUUUUUUUCUUCCUGGCGAACGCCGGACCCUCUGGCGAAGUACAUUAGCCGAGACGCGCGGCGCCUUGGUGACGACGUGUCGCUGAUGCUGCCCACCGUGGCCGACUUCACCGCGGCGGCCGAGUACUACGCGCUGACGUCGGUCCUCGCACGACAAGAAAAGAGCUGGACAACAGCCACAAAAACAGCUGCCGCAGCUGCGAGGCCGCCGGCUGCGUGGGCGAGCAGCUACAUGCAGCGCCGGAUGACGUUGCGCAGGGACUGGCAGCGCACAGACAGCGCCGACUCACCGUGCGACACGCUCACCGCCAAAACUUAUUCGAUGAACGCCCACACCUUCCUCAGUACCCGCAAUACCUCGUCACCACUCUCUUUCAUCGCCGAGUACUUGGAAUUGCCGGUGCAUCCGCUAUUUACGGUUCCGGCGCACUUGGUGUGCUAUGCGUCGACUGCGCUGUGGCAGGAGGCGUUGGCGCACCGCAACAUGGUGUGGGUGGACAUGAUGACGGACCGGCGCCCGAGCUCGAAGAAGAAGCUGGGCGAGGGAGGCGGCUGGGGCCUGCCGGUGGAGGUUGGGAUGAGUCAGAAGCUGGUCCUGUGGCUGGAGUACGCCUACCACGCGUUCCCCGACGUGUCGUACAUCAUGAAGGGCGACGACGACACGUACCUGAAGGUGCCGCAGUUCUUAAACGAUAUUCGCUACAUCCAGAGUGGUCGCCGUGGGCGUGCGCUGGAGGAGUUGACCCACAUCAACACUGCCGCCACCACCGGAACGACAACUGUGACAUCGACAGCAGCGACAACAGGCAAAGCCGACAAUCGAGGCGUCGCGUGGGUGCGCGGCGUGUUUGGGAGCACCAAGCCCGCCGAAAACUACCUGCUCGUUCGUUCUACGGAGGAGUGCGUGUAUUGGGGCAGCAUGCGUCGCUGGAACGGCGAGGUGUACUUCGGUGCCGGCAUGCUCUUCCUCCUCCACCGCCGUCUUGUCCAGACCGUGCUGGAGGAGCGAGCCGAGUACAACAAUGACGUGGUUCGGCUAGCGGCACAGGACUACAGCCCACGGCACGCCCACUCGUACUUCGCCGCGAUGAUGGAUCACGAGGACGUGAUGCUCGGCAAGAUGCUCGCGGAGCGGCGUGUGCGGUCCAUGCAGCUCUGUCCUUUCCGCCGCUCGUGGUACGUCGGCGAGUACUGGGAUCGCUUUCACGACGUGCACAGCGGGCGUGCGGUCAACGUGACGUGGUCCACAGUCGCCGCCCACCGCUGCACCCCGGCCGAUCUCCCCUUUCUCCACUACUACUUCCAGCACGAGUACGAGUACGACGACGCCGCCGUCAACGCCUCCGCCGCCGCCUACGGCGCGCGCGCCGCCGCGGACGCCACGACGCAUAACGAUCUACCCGCGGUGCGAUGGAGGGAGCCGCGGGAGAUGAAUCACACGCGGCUACCGUUUGUGCGGGCUGCCAAGGAUGACGUCGCGGUGUACGAGGUGGAGUACUCGCCGUUUGCGGAUGGGGCUUUGGUGUUGGACGGGUGGGUGUCGAACACACAACGGCGCAACGAGCAUCUGUGA